AUGGCUUCUCCAUUUCCUCAGCAGUUUACGUCGACGGUUUCGCACUGGCAGGCGACAAAUCGCGGCCCGUCCGCCCUAUGGGACCACGGUCGUGACGCUCCUCUGCCUUCCAACGUCGACUUUCUGAUCGUUGGAGGGGGCAUCACUGGCGCAUCACUCGCAUACCAGCUCACAAGACCCGGCGGAGCGGGAGUCGGCAAGCACAUUGCCGUGGUGGAAGCCAAGGACCUUGCCUCUGGCGCGACUGGCCGCAACGGUGGACACAUCGGUCCUUGCUCCUGGCUCUCCUUCCCGUCGCUCACCGCCUCGCUCCAGGACGGUGGCGCUGGGAUCGAUGCCGAGGCAGCCCUCGACGUCAUCUUCAACGAGGCCGACACACUAGCACUCGCGGCGGAGAUUGUGAGAUCCGAGAACCUCGACGUAGACUUCUGGAAGGGGCACAAGAUGGAAGUCUUUACCACCGAGACCGGAGCCGCCAAGAACGUGGCAGCCCGCGAGGCCUUUGAGAAGGCGCGUCGGGCGAGCAAGUAUGCCAACCGCGAACUCGAGUGGACACUGGUCACAGAUCCGGUCGAAGCCCAGAGAAUCUCUCGUACCGAGGGAGCACUCGCUGUCAACAUUGGCACUGCUGGGUCGAACCACCCUCACCGCCUUGCCACCGCCCUCAUGAAGCUGGCCAUGGAAGCCAGGUCAAGCAAGACCGAGUUGUACUCUCACACUCCAGUACUGAAACUCUCGGAGACGCAGGGUGGAUGGGCGGUCGAGACUACUCGCGGUUCCAUUCGUGCCGAGAACGUUGUUCUGUGCACCAACGCGUGGACGAGGCAUCUGUUCCCGGAAGACAUGGAGAGGAAAACCGGAAUUGCCGCACAUGUAACUCCAUUCCGUGGCCAUGCAGCCCUCGUUGUCCCUCCCGCAUCAUACUCCGGCGAAGACAGCAUCCAGAACACCUUUGCUGUCGAGAACGGUCCGUACCUCAUGGCGACACCACACUCGGGACUCGUGUUUGGCGUGUACAAUUCGACCGCGCUGGCUGUGGGUUUGGCAGGGUGGGACGAGAUCUUUGGCGUGGAAGACGACUCGGUCGUACUGGACUCGUUCAAAGAUUGGCUCGUUGACUACUGCCCGAAGGGGUUUGUGGAAUGGGGAGACGAGCUGCCAGGAGAGGGCGUGAAUCAGAUGUGGACUGGUAUCAUGGCUGCUUCAGCCGACCAGAUCCCGCUUAUCGGAGCCGUCCCAGGCAAGGCUGGACUAUGGGCCGCUGUAGCCUUCCACGGUCAUGGGAUGGCGCGUAUCCUCACUGUCACACAAUCAUUAGCAGCCAACAUCAAGACAGGGGAAUGGGACAGCCGUCUUCCGCGCGUGUUCGAGAUUACCGAGCAGCGUCUUGAGAGGGGGCGAAGUGCGGCGGCAAUCCCACGUUUCCAGCAGUCGUAG